UGGCCCUCUCAGUCGCGACGCGCUCGUCACGGGGUGCAGAUCGUACGCCGUUCGUCGCUUCGACACCCUUCGCCGCGCGCAGCACGCGCUUCUCACGCGGACUAUCGUCGCCGUACGUCGCGCGGCGUUCAUCGCGUCCUGUAUUCGUAUCCGUACUAUUCGUAACGCGCGAUCUCGUCGUGAAAACCGUCACGUUGUCGUCGUGAUCGUUGUCGUCGCGUUUCGAGGUGGUUGGUGGUGGGUGGUUUGACGGUGAAAUCUGACUUUUUCUCUCGGACGACUCGCGCCUCGAUACGAUAGACGUUUCGGUGAGACUGAGAUAAGUGUGACAGUAGUUAGAAACUGUUGAAAAAAAUAAAAAAAGAGAGAGCGAGAGAGAGAGAGAGAGAAAAUACAGCGAAAGGGAUAGCAAAGAUUAAUAAUUAAGUGUGCCGCGUGGUGCAUUCAAGUAGGGACGUAAUUACCCCCCUACCCCUUUAUCAGGACUGUCCUGAUCCCUCGAGAGAUUCCCCGUCGUGUAUGAUGCUUCGUAGGGAGAGACAAGGCGAACUCUAAUUUUUUUGGAAGCGGUGGGAGUGAAUUCAGAGAGUACUCGAGUAUAUACAUAUAUACAUAUACACGAUAUAUUGUGAGCCACGUUUUCGGAGAUAGGCUGAAACGAUGUUCGACCGCGACGUCCCAAUGGGACGAUGACGCCCGCGUCGGUUCGCGUCUGACAGGUCCGCGCACGUUGCCACGAGGCGCGCGGAUAAGGCUCUCGUACUCUUCCCGCGUAACUUCGCGCGGAAGGAAUCUGAAGGUUUUGCGUGUGGCUGUGCAUGUGUGUGUUGCAGAUGCGGUCUCGUUGCUGAUCCAAUCAAGGUGAACGUUACCGAGAAGCAAAGGCGAGACGCACCACGAGGAGGCGACUGGAGGAAGAGACGAAAAGACGAGGAAAAUCGGUGGAGAAAACGUAAAAGGAAAAACUCGCCUGACGCCGGUGACGUAGAGGAAGCCGAAGGCGUUCCUCUUCGAGAGAGACAAGACAAGCAGAAGCUGCAUCACGUUCGAUCAUGACGCAACAAAGUGGAGCUGGGUCACCCCAGCAGUUCUGUCUGCGCUGGAACAAUUAUCAGACUAAUCUGACCAACGUCUUCGAUCAGCUCUUACAGAGCGAAAGUUUUGUGGACGUAACCCUGGCCUGUGACGGCCAUAGCGUUAAGGCCCAUAAAAUGGUCCUGUCAGCCUGCAGCCCGUACUUUCAGGCGCUCUUCUUCGACAACCCCUGCCAGCAUCCUAUAGUCAUCAUGAAGGAUAUCAAGUGGCCGGAGCUCAAGGCCGCGGUCGAGUUCAUGUACAAGGGCGAGAUUAACGUCUCGCAGGAGCAGAUUGGACCAUUGCUCAAGGUCGCGGAGAGUCUCAAAAUCCGCGGCCUCGCGGAUGUCAACAGCGAGCAAGAGCUGACGUCCAGGCCGAGUCUGGAGGAGGUUGCGACCGCGGCGAUGCAACGGAAGAAGCGUCGCCGGAUAUCCGGUGAUCGCUCGCCAUCCGGUAACAGUCCGGAACGUGUCGGCUCCGGCAGCAUCGGCCCCGACGACGACGUCAUCGGUAGUAACAUCAUCGUGCCAGAGAUUCACAGCAUGGUGCCGUCGACGGCCAGCUCAACCCCGAGGUCUCUCGGCUCGCCCAGCACGCCCAGUAUCUCCGUCACGCCGCAGAUCAACCUGCAGGAACUUCCGGUCUCGCUACCCUUACCGCCACCCCCGCCGCCACCACCGCAGGGACAGCAGAGCUCGCACCCCCUGCCGACCCACCACGUGCCCGGCCACGUGACUUCCGGUCCGCACGCGCCCGUCAACCACCUGGGCGCCCACAGCCAGCAGCUCAGCGUGCAACAGCAGCAGCAGCAGCAGCAACAACAGCAGCAGCAGCAGCAACAGCAGCAUCAUCAACAGGGCGCCGGCAAUCAACCCGGCGCCGACGACCUCGAGAUCAAACCUGGCAUCGCGGAGAUGAUUCGGGAGGAGGAAAGGGCCAAGUUGUUGGAGUCGUCCCACGCUUGGCUCGGCGCCUCCACCUCCAGUAUAGCAGCAGACAGCUACCAGUACCAGCUGCAGUCCAUGUGGCAAAAGUGCUGGAACACCAACCAGAGUCUGGUGCACAAUCUGCGCUUCCGGGAACGUGGACCCCUCAAGUCUUGGCGGCCAGAGACUAUGGCGGAGGCGAUCUUCAGCGUACUGAAGGAAGGACUCUCCCUCAGCCAAGCGGCAAGGAAAUACGAUAUCCCCUAUCCGACGUUUGUCCUGUACGCGAAUCGAGUACACAACAUGCUGGGUCCUAGCGCCGACGGUGGGGCCGAUUUGCGCCCGAAGGGACGAGGACGACCGCAGAGGAUUCUGCUGGGUGUCUGGCCAGACGAGCAUAUCCGCGGUGUGAUUCGCGCGGUGGUAUUCCGCGACGGACACUCGCCACACAUCGUCAAGGAGGAGCCGACCACGAUGUACCCUAGCCUGGCGAACUACGCGGCUUGCAAUGGCCCGGAAGGCGCAGUCAGUCCGGGUGCGGCAGCUGCGGCUGCGGUCGCGGCGGUCGCUCAAGGUCUGCGACACCAAAUGUGCAGCAUGGUGGCAGCGGCGCAUUCGCAGCAACACGAUAUGAUGGCGACGAACCUGUCGACGAGUCUGUCUACCAGUCUGUCGUCAAAUCUACAAGCGGCGAUGCAAGCUAGCCAGCACCACAACAACAACAACACGAGCAGCAACGCGAGUGGCCUCGGCAGCAGCAAUAGCGCCGGCAACAACGGCAAUUCGCCAUUGAAUCUCGGCCUGGCGAGCCCGGGUUCGGGUGGACCGCCCGAGAGUCCGUUGGAGAGUCCCCUGGCGAGCCCGUUGGGUCCGCUGAUGGAUCCAGCGGGCCACAUACCCAGUAGCGUGGAAGUCGGCAUCGGCGUGAGCGGCAUGACGUACAAGCCGGCACGGAGCUUUGUCAGUCCACGCCCGGAGAAUCUCUUCCAGGAGGACAUCGCCGAUCUGGUGAAGAGCCCCCACGGUCUUAAGGACAAGGACAAGAUCCCGGUGAAGCUUGAACCACUCACGGACUCGCGCUGCGAAUAGUAAGUCAUUAUGGUGGCUGCGGAACGAGGAGGAGAGACGACUACAUCAGCUCCUAUGGGAUCGUCGGCUGUGGAAGGACGAGGUGCGUCGAUGACUCCGAGGAGGAUCUCUUUCUCUUCGAGGCCGUCAGCGGCCGAGGACCGGUGAUGCGAGCCGAUAGACUUCUCGCGAAGAAUCGAGCAUUGUCCGAUUCACUUCACCUUCACUCGCGGGAGUUUAUAAUAUAUAUAAACGCAACUCCGAACGUUAUACGCGAACGCGAUGUAUUGUGCAUACGAAAAUCUUAGAGGGAUAUUAGAGAAAAAGAGAGGCUUACAAUCAAAAGAAAAAAAAAAUAAUAAAUUGACGGAGACACACGAGUGCGGACGAGAUAAGCUAGAAUGUCGAGAAUUUCUCGCCUGGGCUCAGCUCUGGGGAAGAACGAUCGAGAAUGGUAGUGGACCGUCCUAGACGAGGAUCGCUCGGUCGGAACCUUCGACAGCGGAAAGCAGAAACGGAGGAAAGGAGAGAGAGCGAAAGAGAAUAAAAACCUUCUUCUAGCAAACAUACUAUAGCUAUACUAGGUCGCCGGCGCCUCGCGAGCGCGUCGCCACCUUUUUCCAAUCUAGAUAGUCGUGUCAUCGUCGUGUCGUACAGACUAUGUACAUGUAAUAAAGGUAAAAAAAAACCCACACGUUACACACACGCGCACACAUAUGGAUAUACAUACACUCACACAUGGAUACACGAACGCGCGCCGUACAUAACAAGAUACACACUCGAAAUUUAUACCUACGCAUUAUACGAUAACUGUACUUUUAAUGCCAAAUGUAUAAUAACUCGUAAGGGGUCGCCUACUGCCGAAUGAUUGACUAUUCGAGACGGGUAUCGAGACGAGAAAAAUAAGCCGCCUCGAACAAAGCUGCACGUUGUAUUAUCGAGUCCUUACACAACGUGUCAUGGAUCAGUUUGUGAUACACUCCUAAUUUUUAGGUGUCGCAAAAGAGAGUUGCUUGAAAUUAUUUUAAGACUAUAAAGUAAGUUUUUCUUAUUAGUAUAUACAUAUAUAUAUAUAUAUAACGUGAAAGUAAAAUAAAUUAUAGAGAUCGCGAAAGUAAAAUAAAUUACAAAGAUCGCGAACUCUCAUUUUCUAUUUCUGUAUAAAUUAUUCUAAGAACGUAAAUCUUGCUUUUAGGGAAAAAACAGAUCUGGUCUUCAAUUACUUAUAUAAAUCUAUCGAUAGAAACAUUUUUUUAACGUAAUCAAAUAUCUCAAAGAUGAGUCUUGCCCUUUAUCUAUGAAUCUCUUCGAAACAAAAAAAAAUCUCAAUUUCAUCCGCGACGCUUUGUGCAAGAAUACUAUCACUUUUGACGCCAGGCAGUAAGCGACGUCACCGAUGUAAGCUCGAUAAGUAAGGGAGAUGUACAAAAUUCACUAUGAUUGUCUACCAAGCAAGCAAAUGAGCAAAAAAGAAAGAAAUUAAAGAGCGAAAGAAAGAUAGAGAAAGCGAAAGAGGGGAAAAUAAGGUACGACAAAGUAUUUAGAAA